AUGCCCAGCCUUGGGCCCAGACAAUGCGAUGAGCCUUCGAGGCCGGUUUCUAGUGUACCUAGACCACAGAUCCACGUCCCUGCCGGAGAUUCAAGACACUCAACGCCAGAGAAGGUGUUGCCAUGGAACACCACCAACCUAAUGCCGCGAUUCGGCGCCGACCUCGCCUCUGCUGCCAGUGCUUCGGCCAUGGUGGCCCCUGUGAUCUGUGUAAUAGACCGAUCAAUUGUUGAAAAGGCGGCGAAAGGUGCUUCAUUCUCGUCGUGUCUACGUCGAUCACUCCGUCCUGCAAUCACUCGUCCACACGCCUUCGUUUUCUCCCGACCAUUUCUCCUCGUAUUCACCCUAUAUCUCAGCACCUACACAACGGCAAAUACGGUCGAUACGCUCUCGUCGACUAUCUCAUCAAAGCCGGCCUCCAGCGUCACGUCAGGGCCGGCAAAGUUCGUCGCCACGUCUCUGGUAAACAUGAGCAUGUGCGUGUACAAAGACUCGUGCUUUGCUAGGAUGUUUGGGGCGCCCGUUCUCUCUGCCUCUGCCUCUGCUUCACCUGGCGCAGUGGCGGCGACGGCCGUCCCCAAGUUAUCCUACGCCCUCUUUGCCAUUCGGGACAGUCUGACUAUAUUCGCUUCGUUCAACUUACCUCCUCUCAUUGCACCACAACUCGACAAUCUACCUGCGGCCAUCAAGUCGCGAUUCUCGACCCUCCUUAACACUGAAACCGGACGCACGAACACGGCCCAGUUCCUGGCGCCCGCGGCGAUCCAGGUGAUAUCUACUCCCCUCCAUCUGCUCGGGUUGGACUUUUACAACCGGCACGGCCAUCUGGGAUUUCGCCAACGAUAUAUCCGGAUCCUCAGAGAUUGGGGAAUCAGUGCUCUUGCCAGGAUGGGACGCAUCAUUCCCGCCUUUGGUGUUGGUGGGGUUGUGAAUUCCAAUAUGAGACGACGUUUCAUGACCAGACUCGAGGCAUGA